ACUUGUAUAAGAAAUAUGAAAAAUGGCGUCCGCGUUAGAAAAUUUGGAAACACAAUUAGAGCUUUUUAUUGAAAAUGUUAGACAAAUACGUAUUAUAGUGAGUGAUUUUCAACCUCAAGGACAAAAUGUAUUGAAUCAAAAAAUUCAAGGUCUAGUAAAUGGCUUACAAGAAAUAGAUAAACUUAAAUCUCAAGUUCAAGAUGUUCAUGUACCUUUGGAAGUUUUCGAUUACAUUGAUCAAGGAAGAAAUCCACAAUUAUAUACUAAGGAUUGUAUAGAAAAAGCAUUAACUAAAAAUGAACAAGUAAAAGGAAAAAUCGAUGCUUAUAGAAAAUUUAAAGCAAAUAUGCUUGUAGAAUUAACUAGAGUUUUUCCACAAGAAUUAGCAAAAUAUAGAGCAAUACGUGGAGAUGAAUGAAGUUAAUAUAAAGUGAAUUAUCUAAAUCAAUGCAAUAUUUUUUUGUUAAUUUUUUUAUUGUAUUUUAAUCACUUAUAUAAUAAAUAUUUAUUAAAUAAACAAA